GCGGCCCAAGAGAAGCUCCCGGUCCACGUAGAGGACGCCCUCUCCUACCUGGACCAGGUGAAGAUCCGUUUCGGCAGUGACCCAGCCACCUACAACGGAUUCCUGGAAAUCAUGAAAGAGUUCAAGAGUCAGAGCAUCGACACCCCUGGUGUGAUCCGGCGUGUCUCUCAGCUGUUCCACGAACAUCCUGACCUCAUUGUGGGCUUCAACGCUUUCCUGCCUUUGGGCUACAGAAUAGAGAUUCCAAAGAACGGGAAGCUCAGCAUUCAGUCCCCUCUAGCUGGCCAGGUCUCCCUGGAGCCGGUUCAGAGUCCCUUCUUGCUCCAUCAUUGCCAGGAUAAGGCCCACAACCACGGCGACUGCCCCGAGGAGUUCCGGCAGCAGCUGCCCUGCAAGGAUGAGAAGCUUCAGAUGCCGCUGGAGUCGGACUCGGUGGAGUUCAACAAUGCCAUUAGUUACGUGAACAAGAUCAAGACCCGGUUUCUUGACCAUCCUGAGAUCUACCGCUCCUUCCUGGAAAUCCUUCAUACAUACCAGAAGGAGCAGCUGAGCGCCAAAGGCCGGCCGUUUCGAGGCAUGUCAGAAGAGGAGGUGUUCACCGAAGUAGCCAACCUCUUCCGGGGUCAGGAAGAUCUGCUCUCUGAGUUUGGACAGUUUCUUCCUGAAGCAAAGAGGUCUUUGUUCAUGGGCAACGGGCCGUGCGACGCCAACAGCCUUCCCCGAAUGGAACACGAGCCAUCCCUGGAGCACAGCAAGAAGCGGGCGAGGCCUCUGCUGCUGCGCCCCGUCCCUGGCCCAGCAAAGAAGAAAAUGAAACUACGAGGGACGAAGGACCUGUCGGUUGCAACGGUGGGGAAAUAUGGGACUCUGCAGGAGUUCUCCUUCUUCGACAAGGUGCGCAGAGUCCUCAAGAGCCAGGAGGUCUAUGAGAACUUCCUCCGCUGUAUUGCCCUCUUCAACCAGGAGCUGGUGUCAGGCUCCGAGCUUCUGCAGCUGGUCACGCCUUUUUUGGGGAAAUUCCCGGAACUUUUUGCCCAGUUCAAGUCCUUCCUGGGUGUGAAAGAGCUCUCCUUCGCCUCCCCUCUGAGCGAGCGCUCUGGGGACGGGAUGUGCCGGGAGAUCGACUACGCCUCCUGCAAGCGCAUUGGCUCCAGCUACCGCGCCUUGCCCAAGACCUACCAGCAGCCCAAGUGCAGCGGCAGGACGGCCAUCUGCAAGGAGGUGCUGAAUGACACGUGGGUCUCGUUCCCCUCCUGGUCCGAGGAUUCCACUUUUGUUAGCUCCAAGAAGACGCCCUACGAGGAGCAGCUGCACCGUUGUGAAGAUGAGCGCUUUGAGCUGGACGUUGUCCUGGAGACCAACCUGGCCACCAUCCGGGUGCUGGAAAGCGUGCAGAAAAAACUAUCCCGCAUGUCGCCAGACGACCAGGAGAAGUUCCGGCUGGACGACUGUUUGGGCGGCACGUCCGAAGUGAUCCAGCGCCGGGCCAUCUACCGCAUCUAUGGCGACAAAGCGCCAGAGAUCAUUGAGAGCCUGAAGAAGAAUCCUCUCACCGCAGUCCCUGUUGUCCUGAAGAGGCUGAAGGCCAAGGAGGAUGAGUGGCGCGAGGCACAGCAGGGCUUCAACAAGAUCUGGCGGGAGCAGUACGAGAAGGCCUACCUGAAGUCCCUCGACCACCAGGCCGUGAACUUCAAGCAGAACGACACGAAGGCCCUGCGCUCCAAGAGCCUGCUCAACGAGAUCGAGAGCGUCUACGAUGAGCACCAGGAGCAGCACUCCGAGGGGAGGGCGGCGAUGAACGAGCCGCACCUCAUCUUCGUCUACGAGGACAAGCAGAUCCUGGACGACGCGGCCUCCCUCGUCACCUACUACGUGAAGCGGCAGCCCACCAUCCAGAAGGAGGACCAGGCCACCAUCCGGCAGAUCGUCCAGCACUUCGUCCCCGACCUGUUUUUCUCACAGCUGCCGGAGCCCCCCGUUUCCGAAGCCCUCCCAAACGAGGAGAAGGCCCACCCCAAGGCCACCCCUCUGGACACGCGUGACUUGCGGAAGCGGAACGCCCCGGCCCCCCAGCCCAGCACCCCGGAGAGCAAGGCGCCCGCCGUGGAGACCCACGAGUUGCGGAAAAGGCCCGUCCCGGGGCCCCCGCCCAGCCCCCUGGAGGAGAAGCCGCCUGUCUUAGAAGGCCCCGAGCUGCGCAAGAGGAACCCCCCGGCGCCCCCUGCCAGCCCUGCCAGGGACAAGGGGGGCCCUCCCCCGGGGCCUCGCCGGUCGCUGGAUGACAUCUACACGCUCUUCUUUGCCAACAACAACUGGUACUUCUUCCUCCGCCUCCACCAGACCUUGUGCACCCGCCUGCUCAAGAUCUACCGCCAGGCACAGAAGCAGCUGCUGGAGUAUCGGACGGAGAAGGAGAAGGAGAAGCUCCUUUGCGAAGGCCGGAAGGAGCGCUCGAGCGACCCGGCCCUGGAGCUCAGGCUGAAGCAGCCAAGCGAAGUGGAGCUGGAGGAAUAUUAUCCAGCGUUCCUGGACUUGGUGAGGAAUCUGCUGGAUGGCAACAUUGACCCCACCCAGUACGAAGACACUUUGAGGGAAAUGUUCACCAUCCACGCCUACAUUGGCUUCACCAUGGACAAGCUGGUGCAGAACAUUGUUCGGCAGCUGCAUCAUCUGGUCAGUGACGACGUCUGCCUCAAGGUGGUGGAGCUGUACCUGAACGAGCGGAAGCGGGGGGCAGCCGGGGGCAACCUGUCCUCCCAGUGUGUGCGGGCAGCCAAGGAGACGAGCUACCAGUGGAAGGCUGAGCGCUACAUGGCAGAUGAGAACUGCUUCAAGGUGAUGUUUCUUCAAAGGAAAGACCAGGUGAUCAUGACCAUUGAGCUGCUGGACACAGAAGAGACCCAAACUGAAGACCCGGUGGAGGUCCAGCACUUGGCGAACUAUGUGGAGCAGUAUGUGGGGGUCGAGGGCGCCCGGAGCGGCCAGAGCGAAGGCUUCCUUUUGAAGCCCGUCUUCCUGCAGAGGAACCUGAAGAAGUUCCGCCGCUGGCAAUGCCAGCAGGUGCAGGCCUUGCGCGACAAGGCCCAGAGCUCUUGGAAGCAGCUGAUUGGGGUGGAGAGCGCCUGCAACGUGGACUGCAAGUUCAAGCUGAACACCCACAAGAUGCUCUUUGUCACGAACGCGGAGGACUACAUGUACCGCCGGGGAGCCCUGUUGCGGGCCAGUCGGGCACAGCCCCUGGUCUUGCUGCGGCACCACCGGCGCUUUGAGGAGUGGCACCAGCGCUGGCUGGGGAGGCACGUGACUGCGGAGGCUGCGGAGCUGGUCCAGGACUGGCUGAUGGGGGACGAGGACGAGGACCUGCUGCCUUGCAAGACCACGUGCGAGACCGUCAGUGUCCACGGCGUGCCCAUCAACCGCUACCGGGUGCAGUACAGCCGCCACCCAGCCUCGCCCUGACCUCGA